CCAUCCCAGUCCCCAUCCUCCUCUUCCUCCCACCUUCCUCCUCCUCCUCCCCAUCCUCCUCCUCCUCUUCCUCCCCACCUUCCUUCUCCUCCUUUUCCUCCCCACCUUCCUCCUCCUCCUCUUCCUCCCACCCUCCUCCUCCUCUCCCGAUGGGCCCCCCCGGCCCGGCCACGCGGCUCCUCCCCCCCCUCGUUCUGGCGCUCGCAGGGGUGGCCCGGGGCUCCUUCUCGGUGGCGGCCUGGCCGCGGGUGGCCGUGGUGGCCUUCGGGGGCUCGGUGACCGUCAACUGCAGCCGCAGCGCCUGCCCGGGGGACAACGCCACGCUGGGGCUGGAGACCCCCCUGCCCGCGACCCCCGCGGCCGGGGGGCUGCGCUGGCAGAGCUUCCGGCUGCACAACGUGUCCCGCUGGGACCCCGGGCCCCUCACCUGCUCCGGACGCUGCGGCGACACCGAGGCCAACGCCAGCGCCAGCGUCCUCGUGUACCAGCUGCCGGAGCGGGUGGAGCUGGAGCCGGUGGCGCCGGUGGCGGUCGGGGACAGCCGGACCCUGACGUGCCGCGUGCUGGGGGUGGCACCGCUGCGGAACCUGACGGUGACGCUGCGGCGCGGCGCCGAGACGCUGCGCACCGAGAGCUUCGGCGACGCCGAGGGCAGCGCCAGCGUGGCCGUGAGCCACCUGCUGACCGCCACCCGCGGCGACCACGGCCAGCACGUCACCUGCCACGCCGAGCUGUCCCUGCGGCCGCACGGGCCCCUGUUCGCCCGCGCCGCUGCCCCCGUCACGCUCUCGGUGUUCGCUCUCCCGGAGCCCCCGCAGCUCCAGGCCCCGGCCAUCCUCGAGGCCGGCACCGCGGCCACCGCCCGCUGCCGCAUUGCCGGCGCCUUCCCGGCCGGGGACAUCCGCGUCACGGCCGCGCUGGGCCCGGAGCCGCUGAACGUCACGGUGGCGGUGGCCGGGGACACGGUGACGGCCAGCGCGGAGCUGUCCCCGCGCAGCCCGGGCCCGCGGGAGCUGAGCUGCACGGCCGCCGUGGCCACGGCGGCGCGGACGGCGCGGAGGCAGCUCCACGUUUACCGGUUCCCCGCGCCCGCCCUGGAGCUGAGCCCGGCCCCGGCGGCGGCGGGCAGCGAGGUGACGGUGACAUGCCACGCCGGGGCCACCGAGCCGCCCGCGGCGCGGCUGCAGCUCCGCGAUGCGGACGGCGGGGUCCUGGCCGAGGGCCCGCAGCCCCGGCUGCAGCUCCGGCUGCUCGCCCGGCGCGACGACGACGGCCGAGAAUUCCGCUGCCGGGCCAGCCUGGCCGUGGGCGACAGCGUGGUGACAAAGGAGGCGGAGGCGCGGCUCGCCGUGCUCUAUCUGCCCGAAAUCCCGGCCAGCGGCUGCCCCGGCAACCGCACGUGGGUGCGGGGCUCGCGGGAAGCGCUGUCCUGCCUCGCCACCGGCAACCCCGCGCCCACCGUGGUGUGCGGCCGCGACGGCGUCGCCGUGGCCACCGGCGAGCCCGAGCCGGUGACCCGCGCCCGCGCCGGGACCUACCUGUGCAACGCCACCAACGCGCUGGGGACGCGCAGCCGCCGCGUCACCGUCCGCGUGGAGUAUGAGCCCACGCUGUCCGAGGCGGGGUGUCCGGCACGCCGGGUCUGGCUGGAGGGGCAGCGGCGGCAGCUGGAGUGUCGCGCCGACGGGGACCCCCCGCCCAGCACGCGCUGCGCCCGCGACGGUGGCACCAGCCACGGUGGCACCAACCACGGUGGCACCCGCGACAGUGGCACCAACCAUGGUGACACCAGCCACGGUGACACCAACCACGGUGGCACCCACCACAGUGGCACCCGAAAUGGUGGCACCCGCGACAGUGACACCAACCACGGUGGCACCCACCACAGUGGCACCCGAAAUGGUGGCACCCGCGACAGUGACACCAACCAUGGUGGUACCAACCCCAGUGGCACCCGCGACGGUGGCACCCAGCACGGAGGAGUCGCCCGCGGCCGCGUGGUCACCCGGGCCGAUGGCGGCCGCUACGUGUGCAGGGCCACCAACAGGCACGGGGUGGCCGUGAGGAGCGUCCUUGUCACCGUGGAGUACCAGCCGAGCCUCGGCGAGCGCGGCUGCCCCGAGCGGCGCCGGUGGCUGGAGGGGACCCCGGCCGAGCUGGGCUGCGCCGCCAGCGGGAACCCCCCGCCCCGCGUCACCUGCGCCAAGCUGGGCGACCCCGCCAACGCCACCGACAGCCGGGACCCCCCCCGGGCCACCCGCAACGUCACCCGCGCCCACGCCGGCACCUACCAGUGCCGGGCCAGCAACGCGCACGGCGCCGCCGUCCGCAACGUCACCGUGGCCGUGGAGUACGGCCCCGCCGCUGUCACCCUGCGGGUCCUGCCCUCGGCCAACGUCACCCGCGGCGGCGGCUUCACCGUGGACUGCGGCGCCGAGGGGGUCCCGGCGCCCACCUACAGCUGGGCGCUGCCCCCCGCCCCCAACGCGCGCCUGGCCGCCGACAACCGCUCGGUGACGGUCACCGGGGCCACGGCGGCCAACCGCGGCCUCUACACCUGCACGGCGAGCAACCGGCACGGCCGCAGCGCCGCCAGCGUGGCCGUGAGGGUGGACGAGAGCUGGCUGGCGGCGCUGGCGGCGCUGGGGGCGCUGGGCGCGGUGGCCGCGCUGGCGCUGGCGGCGGCCGGGGGCUUCUACCUGAAGAGCACGGCGUGCAAGAAGGGCGAGUACAACGUGCGCGACGCCGAGGGCUCCUGCGAGGCCGCGCGCCCGCCCCGGCCCCGCGGGGACGUGUUCGGGAUCCAGCUGAGCCCGCCGUGACCGGCACCGGCACCGGCACCGGCACCGGCACCGGCACCGGCACCGCGGGGACGCGUUCGGGAUCCAGCUGAGCCCGCCGUGACCGCCCCGGCCCGGCCCAACCCCAACCCCGGCCCCGAGGGGGUUUUUGGGGCGGUUUUUGGGGUUUUGGGGGUGUGAGGGUGACAAGGAUUCCUCCGGAGGUGCCCGGUGGUACCGGGGCAGCAACGGGGAGGGUUCGGCAGCCGGAUCGCCCAGCCGGGACCGGGACGGGGACCCACGGCGUUUGGGGACCCCCAGAGACCCCCCCGCCCACCACAGGGAUUUUUGGGGGGGAUUUUGGGGGUACACCAGCCAGGACCGGGACUGAACCGUCCCCGCAGGGUUUGGGGACCCCCAGAGACCCCCCCGCCCACCACAGGGAUUUUAGGGGGGAUUUCUGGGGGAUUUCUGGGGGGAUUUUGGGGGGUACCCCAUCCAGGACCCAGGGAUCCCCCAAAUCCAUCUGCUGGCACUGCCCUGGCCGGGUGGGGAGGGGUUUGGGGGUCCCCACAGACCCCCCCCCGUUGCCCCGGGGAUUUGGGGGCGAUUUGAGGGAUUUGGGGGCGAUUUGAGGGAUUUGGGCUCGGCCGCCCCUCGGGGCCGGGGGCUCCAGGGGGGCUGCACCCCAUAAAGGAUCCCCCCCACAGCGGGGGUCUCUGCCCGCUGGCCCCGAGCCCCCCCAGACCCACCCAGAGCCCCCCCCAGACCCCCAGCCCCGUCCUCGUCCCGACACCAAAGCCCCCCCAAGCAGCCCAAUUAGUAAUUGAUUAAUUAAUGAGCCAACGCUCGUUAUUCCGAAUCCAGAACAAAA